AUGAGUUCGUUCUAUACAGUCUUUUCUUGGAAUCCUAAGAACUUAAAAUUUUUUUUCUCUCUCUCUCUCUCUCUCUCUCUCUCUCUCUCUCUAUCUAUCUAUCUAUCUAUCUAUCUAUCUAUCUCAGCCACCCUUUUCUCUCUUCAAUCUUUGCCUCUAUUUCUACUUCUUUCUUCCUUUUUAUUAAGCUAUCUUUUUCUAUUUAGCCUUUUCCAUAAUUUCUUGCUUUCUUUUCUUCUUUUUUUUUUUGUUUUAAGCUUUUUUCGUCAAUUUUUACUGUUUUUCUCUUUCUUUCUUUAUUUUACUCUUGCUUUCUUCUUUCUUUCUUUCUUCUUUCUUUUUCUUUCAUCCUUUCCUCUCAAGCCUCUUUUCGACAGUUUUUACUACUUUAAGUCUUUCUUUCUUUUUUCUUUCCUUCUUUUUCAAGCCAUCUUUUUCACUUUUCGCCAAUUCUUGUUUGUUUGCUUCCUUCGUUCUUUCUUUCUUUCCUGUUUAGAUAAUUUUUAUCACUUCAGCCAUUUCGUUAAUUUUUACUUCUUUCCUUCAUUCAUUCUCUCUUUCUUUCUUAAUUCGGCCAUUUUUAUCACCUCACCCUUCUCGUUUCUGUCUACUUCUAUCUUUCUUUCUUUCUUUUUAUUAAACUAUAUUUUUCGUCCGUUUACUUCAAUUUGUGGUUCUUUCAUUCGUUUCAUUUUUCUUUUUUUUUAUUUUUGUCCUUCCAUUUGUCCCGGAAUUUUCAUGUUGCUCUCUCUCGAUUUCAAUUCUGAGGGUUUUUACAAACUUAACCUUAAAAUAUCUUUAUAG